CUUUGAUGAGACCCACAAAACAAAAACAUCCUAAAACCCUUCGCUCCUCUGAGUUCUCUUCUCUCUCCUCUUGUCUUUCAGAGAAAAUCAAAGGCUUUAGACAAUCAGACAGAGCGACAUGCAAAUCCUACUUUCCAUGGAUGUACUUGUAUCCUUGUAGAGAUAGGGCAUGCACCGCCACAGAGCAUGUUACGAAGAAGCCUCACUUUUUCCUCCUCCAACUCCCACAAGCACCUCAACAAAUCUGUUUUAUUGAGUGGGUGGCGUGGAAGGCCGUACGCUGGUAACGCUAACGCUGCAGCUGCAGAGGCAGAUGCAGAGGCAGAUGCAGAGGCAGAAGCAGAAGCAGUGGCAGAAGCACCAAACCCAAAUGUCCGCAGAGUUAAAGGGAAAAGGCUUUCCAAAGCGGAGCGCCAAGCUAUGCUUGAACCCUUUGUCAACAAGUACAGAGCAAUGAAUGCUGGGGCAUUCCCUACUGUUUCAUGUACUCAGAAAGAACUGGGUGGCUCUUACUAUGUGGUAAAAAGCAUCCUUCAGGAGUUACAAUACAAAGCUAAGAUGUCUCCCUGGUCUCCCGUAACUGCGGAUAUGCCAAAACAAGAAGAAGUUGGAGAAAUUGAAUCUUUGGCUCAAGUUGAAAAGAAUUCAAACAGUCAGGUGUCAGCACAUGCCAGCACUCAAACUGAUUCUGAGGCGACAUAUGAUGCUGAUUUGCCAGGACAAGAGGAUGUUGGUGAAAUUGAAUCUUUGACUCAAGGUGAAGAGAAUUCAAUCUCUGAGGUGUCCGCAGAGACAUAUGACAUUGAUCUUCCAGAACAAGAAGAAGUUGGAGAAAUUGAAUCUCUGACUGGAGUUGAAGAUAAUUCAACCUAUGGGGUGUCAGCAGAUGCCAGUGGCAGGCAUUUAGAAGCCAAGGAAGAGGCACAGGCUUCCUCCUCAGUUGAGAUCUUGUCUGAAGAGGUUAUCACUCGAGGAAGUGAUUCUGAUCUUGUUGCAACACAAAGUAAUUUGCAGAAAGUGGAUUCUGUGGAAUCUUCUUAUAAAGACCUUGAUGAACUUAGUAAUGGUAAGGAGGAAGCUAAGCAGAAUCUUUCUGGUUCUAUUUCUAAAGAAUGUCAAUUGUCAGAAGAAAGAUUAGAGGUUGUUUCUCAUCCAUUUGGCAAAUCUGAGAAUAGUGAAAGAGCGGAAGCUGAAGCUGACAAACAAGAUUUUGUUGCAAAAGAAAAAGAUCUGCCAAUAAGGGAGGCUAAUAGAGCCUCUCCUCCAAGUUUUGGUGAUACACAGGAUAUGAAAAAACAAGAACAUGCCUUAGAAGAUUCAAAGUGUAAAAGAGAGAAAUAUGAAGAGAUCCCUCAGCCAGACAAACUUCCCAAAGACCUUCCUGGUAGGCAGGCUGAUGAUGCAGAGCCUUCAAGUAAAUCAACUCUAUGGGGGAAUAUGAAGUCAUUUGCGAAUGGCAUUAUCAGUAUCUUCAGAAAACUGUAAUCUUUGUCUCGUGAACUUUGGAGCCCUCUAUCAGCGGCUGUGUUUCUCCGAUGAAGGUGUAGUCAACUAGAAAGUUGUUCCAGCAAUAGAUGAAUGUAUCGGCCUAAAAACCAAAAGCUGGCUGGUCGUGCUGCUACACUUGCGCGACCGCUGGAUUUUACAGCCAAAAUUGGAUGGAAACAUCUGCCUUUUGGGUUGGGUCUUCUGAGGAGAUGAUAGAGGAGGGUAUGACAAGCAACUUCUGUGAAGGACUCGUGAAUGGACGGUGCCGAAAAGUCGCCGGAAAAUCAAGGGGCUGUGCAGCCCUGUUUUUCACGUCUGAUAUUUAAACUUUUUUUUUUUUCCAAUGAAAACCCUAGAACUUUAAACCAACUUAACUUCCUCGUUUGAACUUCGAAUUACAUGCCGUUUGCCCCUGUGUGCUCGUGGAGACGAGCUAAAUGUCCUGAUAUAAAUAAAAUUUCUGAAAUUAGUGCCAAAAAAAAAUAGCUUGAAAUUCUUGAGCA